UUCAGUUUCAAGUCUUUGAAUUGUUCUUGUCUUCUUAAUACUUCAAAUUUGAUAACCUUUACUUACUACCACCUACUGGCUACUACUAUUGUUCAACGACUCGGUGAGUUAACAAGUAAUCAAGUUGAAAUCAAGUUUAAUCAGAAGCUUGUCGUUCCAUCUUCGUCUUCCUCUCCCUCUCGUAGCAUCAAUGGCUCCUCCUGCCGUCGUUAGGGUUUACUCUACUACUCCUUCGCCUUCUGAGGUUUCCGUCAAGAGAGUUGGUACUCAUAAUGGAAGCUUUCACUGCGACGAGGCUCUCGGUUGCUUCAUGAUCCGCCUCGCCGAUAAGUUCUCCGGCGCCGAUAUCGUCCGUACUCGUGACCCUAAGAUAUUGGCAGAACUUGAUGCAGUGCUUGAUGUUGGAGGUGUUUAUGAUGCGGAACAUGACCGUUAUGAUCAUCACCAGAAAGGGUUUGAAGAGGUCUUUGGACAUGGCUUUAACACCAAGCUCAGUAGUGCUGGUCUCGUUUACAAGCAUUUUGGAAAGGAGAUCAUAGCUAAGGAACUAAAUGUUGAUCAAGAUCACCCUGAUGUUCUUCGGUUGUUUUUAGCUGUCUACAAGAGCUUCAUGGAGGCAAUUGAUGCGGUGGACAAUGGAAUAAAUCGAUAUGAUACUGAUAAGCCUCCACGAUACGUGAACAACACACAUCUGUCUUCAAGGAUUGGAAGAUUAAAUCUGGAUUGGAUCGACCCUGACCAGUCGCAGGAGAAGGAGAAUGAGGCUUUCCAACGUGCAAUGGCUCUGGCUGGGAAAGAGUUCCUCGAAAGUGUAAGGUUUCAUGCAAGAUCGUGGUUACCUGCUAGAUCAAUUGUGAUGCAAUGUCUUGAAGAAAGAUUCAAGACAGACCCUAGUGGUGAGAUCAUGGAGUUGAAGAAAUUUUGCCCUUGGAAGCUUCACUUGUUCGAGCUUGAGCAAGAGAUGAAGAUCGAACCCCUCAUCAAAUACGUCAUCUACCAGGACGAGCGAGGAAACCAGUGGAGAGUUCAAGCAGUGGCGGUUGCACCGGACAGGUUUGAGAACCGAAAGGCUCUUCCUGAACAAUGGAGAGGCCUUAGAGAUGAGGAACUCUCUAAAACUGCUGAGAUCCCUGGUUGCGUCUUUGUACACAUGAGCGGGUUCAUCGGAGGAAACCAAUCCUAUGAGGGAGCAUUAUCAAUGGCCCGAACCGCCCUCACUCUCUGACUUAGCAUUGGCCCGGUACCAAAAGAAUCAUUUUCCCAUUACCAAUAGAGACUAGAGAGAGAGAGAGAGAGAAUUUAACAUUGCUUAUUUAUGUUGUACAAUUUCUUGUUUUCAAGUGAGUGAGCAUUUCGUCAUUGUCUUUUCUUUUGAUGGAAUCAUAUCGUUACUAUCUUCAAGAAUUCUUAUUCUUAGUUCAUAA